GAAUGGCCCAAUGCCCAAUGGAUCAAUCGCCCAUCCCAUCACCCCCUCCCGGGGGAGGUUACCGUCCUCGUCAUGGAACUUCCCGCCGGAUGGAAGACUCUCCGGUGAGGGCUAUAUAAACCCUCAUCUUGUCCUCGUCUUCUUCUUCUCCUUCUUUCUCUUCUAUCUCAUCAAGUCCUGUUGCCGACUUGACGUCAAGUCUUUCCUCGUGACCCUGCCUCUAUCGUCAUCUCAUAUAUCAUUUCCCAUCAGGGUGCUGGUCUUUAUUCUGCUUUGCAGCUUGACAAGUCUUGUCUUCUUCCCCCUUCUGUUUACUUUGUUCUGGACGCUGCUGCGAACCCAGAAGCCCGACGCAUCAUCAUGACGACCCAUCAGUACCAGUCCCCUUCUCUUCCCAUCAAUGUCCCGUCCAAGGCGCCAGCUCCCGCCAGCCUCUAUCCCGUCAGCAGGGUGUCCGGAUCUCCUCCAGACAUCUCCGACACCAGCACAACUGCAGGAAGCCGCACUUCUGCAGGUUUCAGUUACGGCUCCGGCAGCAUUGGUGGCGACUAUGAAUCGAGCUCUGUCUCGUAUUCUGGUGUGGAUGUUGUCGACAUUUUGAAUGACCGCAUGCAGGAUGUUUUCGAUCCCACCCCAUUGGACAAGGGAUUGGCGAUGCAGGCCCAAACCUCCGGUCAAUUGAAUGCCAAACAACGGGAGCUUUUGGAAUUGCAAGCCCUCGCUCAACGUCGUCUAAAGGGUGUUCGUGCCACUUUUAACGAUGGUAUCAAGGUUGCUCGUGAGACCAAGCGUGACUUGGAAUGGACCCAGAAGCGUGUGAAUGCUUUGAAGACAAAAGCUGAGAAAGCUUUUCCCGAUGAGUAUAGACGAUCGGCCAAGAAAUACACCUUGGACGACUAAAUUUAGCCAGUGGCCUUCUUGGUCUUUGGCUCUGUUUGUUUCAAUUUUGUUCACGAUUUGGGAGGUACACAUCUGACAAAGAUGAUGACAGCUUUUGGUUGGGGAAAAUUGGUUUUCGGGGUUCGGUUCAGGCGUGCUUUCUUGAUAGGCGAUUUGGACUUUUUGCGAUAUCUUGCGACUGUUGGGAUUUUGGGAUGGUACACCUCUUUGCUUUUUUCUCGGGCGCAGUCUUUCUUCAUAGACGCGUCUCAUCUAAAUAAUGCAUCAAUUCCGGUGGAAUACACUGUUUAAUCUCUGAA